GCCUGUUGAAGAUUGGCUCCGCUCACCUGCGUACGGAGAGCUCCGAGAGCUCCGGCACAUUCUAUGCCAAUGCCACCGCCACCCGAAGUGCUGGUUUCCUUUGCCCUUUGGGCACGGGUGCGGUGGACUUCCAAGCGCUGCACGAUUUCGGCUGCCUGGCAUGCAAGCCGGGGGACACGCAGGUUCUGAACGUGACGCGCAGGCCUGCCGUGUCGAAUGGCAGUGUUCUCGCAAGGUAGGUGAGGUGGCACACGUGGUGUGCCAUGGAAGCAAUGGCCUUUUACAUGUGACAGGCUGGGUUGUGCACCUGACUGAAAGCGAAGCUUGCAUUGGGACUGCUCUGGCCUCUCUGUCGGGAAUUGCUAGCAAGACGAGUGGCAAAGCCGGUGGAGAGGAGCUAGGGUUUAUCAAAGUCAAGCGGGACGCAUUGUUAGGAUCGAAGCCUGCUGAGUGGAAGGGCCUGUUGUGCAAAGACCUGCCUACCUGGAGCAAUAGCCACAAGGCAUGGGGACAAGUAGCCGACAAGGACCUGAGCAGCAGCGGUGCCGAGGGCCCGCGAGCUCAGAAGCCAACUCGAAGCAAGACCCGCAUCGAGGAGGAGCUUGGAUCUUUGAAGCAGCUUUUUCAGAAGCGCCGGGGCGGCGCGGCCGAGGACGACGAGGACGAGGAGGAGACCGAGGACGAGGACGAAGACCUCGCCGAGGAAGAGUUCCUUCGGCCGGGCGCAGCGGCCAAGAAGAGCAAGUCCCAAAAGGCGACCAAGGAUCCGGAGCCCGACUUGAAGCGGGAGAUUGCGAAGGUCCUUGCCGGUGGCCAGAGCGCCACGGAGCUCCUGCCCCUGGCGAUGAUGGCUAUGCUUGGGGAGGACAAGAAGCGGAGCCGCCGCAGCCGAGCCGAGAAGAACGAGGCAAGCAGCCUCCUUGGUGGUUCCUCCUCCGACGAGUCGGACGACGACCGAAAGCUCUCCUCUCGAGGCCUUUGCGCUGUGAGCACCCUUCAUCGGCUGCACGAUCGUAUUCAAAAGAAUCCUCGCAAGAUCUACCUGACCUACGAGAAGGAGAUUCGCGAGGAGCUGGGCAUUGUGCCAGGGCAGAGCUGGACCUUGAAGGACUACAUGCGCAAGCAGCCCUGGGGCAAGUUCAAGGGGAUAUAUCGUUGCGCGAUGAUGGACGUAGCGGCGUACGAGCAGCUGAGGGCGGGCAACCACGAGAUUGCGGCGGCGCAGCUGGUGCAAAACAUGAAAGCAAAACUUCAAAGCGUUUUGCAGGGCGGCGACUGGGCAUCGGCGUGGCUGCUCACGGGACUUGUGGAUCCGAUGCAGAAACGCGAUUUUGCCGGCACUCGGGAAGAGAUGUCGGUGAUCUCAGGUUACGUGGAAGCGUUGGCGAGCCUCAAGAAGAAGGUCAAGGAAGCGAAUGCUGCCACGACCGCCGAGGACGAGGGCGAGGCCUCAUCAAAACGCUGCUGUAAGCAUCCGAUUUUGUUGGGGGGAAAUUCGAAGUUCAUUUCUUACUAUACGUGGUUUACAGGCGUCCAAGGUACACUGCCGGUUCGGGCCGGCAACGACGUACCACUUUUCCCGGCUGUGCUCCCCUUCCCGGAGGCCUCUUUUGUCGAGGAGGUGCAAGGCGAUGACCAGGCCCUGCAGUGGUGGUCCAAGGCUUUCGUAAACACGUUUGUGGCCUGGGGCAACUUUGUGGUGCUUGGCUGCCCGGGGAUGGAGAGUGCAGUUUUGGAGCCGCGAGUUUUUCACAGAGUGGAUGUGCAGCAGUUCUCUGCGAAGUUGCUCGGCGAGGUGGUUGAAUUCGCGACGGUUGAGCUAGUGUUUGGUUCUCUUGCUUGUUCAGGCAAAAGGUCUGUCUUGGAGGAGAUGCUGAGACUCAACUUUGCAAGCUACGGGGUGGGUCAGGUUCCUGCCCCUGCUGGCGCUCUACCUGUGGCCGCCGAUCGGGUGGCCGUGCCAGAGACGGCCGGCGUGGUGGACCCGCUGGACUGGCUACCUCCUGGCCAAGCGGCGGUGGUGGAGCAUUUGGAGGAUUUGCGUUUGCCGGAGGCUGCUUGGGGUGAGGUCGUGGUAGCGUGCCAUCGCGUCCCCCAGGAGCACGAGGCGAACUUGGCAAGAAAGCUCCUCAGCACAGGCAUGGCUCAGCUUGUGUGUGAGCAGGACUUGCCACGGACAUCAGACGGGAAGCUUCUAUGUGGAGGGCUGUUUUGUGUAGGCAAAGAUGAACAACACGAUCGCUUGAUCUAUGACCGAAGGCCCGAGAACAGUACGAUGCCCCACCUAGGGUGGGAGGCCCUGCCCUCAGGAGCCUGUUUCGUCAGAUUGCUGCUUGAGCCCAACGAGUUUUUGCGGGGUUCGGGGGAUGACCUGAAGAAUUUCUACUACAUGCUUAAGUUGCCGUCGGGCUGGGUGCGUUACAAUCCUGUUGGUCGGCGUGUUGACAAGGCUGUGGUCCGGGAGUUCGGGGGCGAUCCUGCUCAGGACUAUCGGUUGUGUUUUCGAGUGCUGGGCAUGGGCGACAAGAAUGCCUGUUCCAUUGCGCAGGCAACUCACGAAAGCAUCUUGAAGCGGCACGGCUUGCUAAAGGCUGAGCACAAGCUUGUGUACGGUGACCCGGUUCCUACUGACCCGCUUUGGGAAGGCAUCUACCUGGACGACUUGCUCAUCACCCUCAAGGUUGCCAUGCCCUCGGAAAUCCCCCUUGACGGUAGCUUCGUGCCUCCUCUGCCGCAGGACCAGGACCCCGACAUGUUGCAAGCAAAGAAGGCCGAGGCUGCGUAUGUGGAGGCGAAGUUGCCUAGGGCUUUGCAGAAAUCGUUCCGAGCACAGGUGCACUUCAAAGCUUGGGGUGCUGCUAUCGACGGCAUCAAGGGCACAGUUGGAGCCCCAAUGGAUGUGAGGCGGCAGCUGUGGUGGCUGAUUUUACAGCUCGCGGGAGUUCUUUGCCUUUUGCAUCACUUCUAUGUCUUCGUUGCAAAGUUGGAGCCUAAGAAGAUCGUGCGGCUGCCAGGGCACAUCGCGGAUGAGCUGCGGUCGGUGGCCCUUCACCUACCGCUGGCGACUUGGUGCAUGAGAUCACGGAUCUCGCCUUCAGUGCUAGCCACCGACGCAACACCGACAUCAGGUGGUGCGGUUCGGGCCUUUGUGGCCCCGGCCUUGGCCUCGGAAUUAUGGAGAAGAUCUGAGAUAAAGGGAGCCGCGGUGAGACUCGACCCCGAGUGUGAUCAUCUGCUCAAGGCUCCUCCCCUCGAGGCUUCAAAGUUCGCUGCUAGCAUUGCGCCUUGCCUCCGGUGGCAGGUGGUGGGUUCUUAUUCGUUUCGAAAAACACAUCACAUCAACCUGCAAGAGGCCCGCGCUUUGAAGCGAGAAGUUGUGCGUUUGGCCGGGGACCCAGAGAACAUGGACCUCAUCCAGAUAGCGCUGAACGACUCCAUGGUGGUUGUAGGAGCGGUUUGCAAGGGCAGGUCGAGCUCGUUUCGGUUAAAUGGAAUACUCAGAUCGCAGCUGCCGUUCCUGGCUUUCGGGCGGGUCCACCUAGCGCUCCUUUGGGUGGAAACCUCGGCGAACUUAGCUGAUUGGCCCUCUCGUUUUCGGCUUCUGCCAGCACCUAGCCCUCCUACUUCGUGGAUGCAGAGGUUUGGGCUCGGACUGGCCAAGGCACCUAUAGGCUGGGAGCUUUUUGCCGAACAGACGGGUGUCACUGCCGCCUACCUCGAGCAGGGCUGGGAAAUGCUCACCCCGGCCGAGGGCUCGUCGCAACUCGGCGUUUUCGACCCCGAGGUGGACCGAAUGAUCACCGAAGGAGUUGUUGACUGGGUUUGGUUUAGUCCUGGAGCGGUCGUGUUUACCGACAGGCUACGGAGCACCGAGCUGUUCUUGCGACAUGAGGGAGCAAAAUUCUAUCGGUGGGACAGUUGUGCUUACACAGCCGGGGCGCAUGCGGCUCUAUCUUCUGAUUACCGUCGUAACCUUCGGGAGGCCGGGCAGUACCUUCUUCAAUUGGUGCACAGACUGGGGGGUUCCUUCACCGAGCGAUCGUCACCAGCCUAUGUGGACCGGCUGUUGGAGAAGGCUAUCUGCCACGCCUAUGACUCGGGGGAGAAGCGAUACUGGGUAGUGCUGGGUGUGCUGGGGAUUCAAAGAACUUUGCGAAUUGCAGGGCCCCUCCUGAAGAACUCAUGGAUCAACGAUCUGCUCUUCCCUGUCGAUGAUGAGGUCAAGCAAGGUGGUUGCAGUGGUGGUGCAAAGAUCGCCCUAGGAGAUGCAGCUCGGGGUCUGUGGCUUCACGCUGGGUUCUUUACGAGGACCCUCGCCUCAGACAUGGAGGAGCAUCGAGAAACGGCUCCCAAACGAGCGACUCUCCGGCUCUCGCGUGAAGUUGCGCCGGGUGGCCGACCGCAACGAAGCUCUGUCGGUUUGGGAAAAGGCGUGGCCGCACAGACCCAUGCCGGAACAGAAGAUCUGAUUGAUGCGGCCGUGCCGGCCAACGAGCUCCUGGAAGCGGUUAGCAAGGCAGCUACGCGCCUGGGCCCUGAACCUGUCAGUGACAACCUGUCGCCGGCGGAGGUGAUCGCUGACCCGGCGGCGCGCGAAACCGCCGCACGAUGGAGAGCGGGGCCGCCUGCCCGGCGGUUGACAAGUGUGCUUGCCAGGAUGGUGCAAGCUCUACAAGGCUAUGGGGGUGUGGUGGCGGGCCCGGUGUGCCCGGCCGCACGCCCUGUGGCACAAGGAGUGGCGAGCCCGGAGUGCUCGGCUCCUAAGCGGCGCGCUGGCCCCAUGAAGAGCCUUCAAGUGGUCAGCGCAGAUUCUCCAUCAGCGGUGGCUGCCUCUACAUCGGCAUCGUGGUCCUCCCCUUGGAACUGGGCGAGACAGCUUACGCGGGGCCGCCUGCUAAGGUUCAAUUGGAAGACUGUCCUGGCCGUCUUGGUGGUGAUCAUGUUCCCCCGCCUCAUUGCCCUCGCCAUCGCGAUCACCCUGCGGCUGGUGGCAAAGGCCGUGAUGAGUGUGGCCAGCCAUGUCCUGCGCGAGCUGUGGUUUCAGCUCAACGCUACGGCGGCAGAGAUCGAAGAGGCCUUGGUGGACUGGCUGUAUGGACAACUUGGUUUUGUGAACCCCUACGUGCCGCCGCCGCCUUUGCUGACUGCUGCGGCUUCACCGGCGCCGCCGCCUCCACCCGUUACGCCGGAUGGAGGUGGGAACUCCCUCCCGGCCCGCCCAAUGGACCUCAUCACGUGCCUCCUCCUGGUGCUCAACCUGCGACGUCCUUACGGAGGGGGGGGCGGAAACGGAGGUCCUGAAGGCUAG